GGCCUCAGAUCUGGCACCGCAGCAGGACGCAGCACAAGUCUGAGGAGAGCAAACCCUCCGCCUUCCUUCAAACAUGCAUCCAGCGAGACUCCUCAUAACGCGGCAGUGACAAGUGUUUCCAAAGCGGCGAGUAUUUAUCCGUUUCAGCCAGCAGUGUUUGUGCGUAAAAGUCGAGGAGAAGCCGUGCGUGUUUUCGUGCGUUUUUUUAAAAAACAAAACAAAACAAAACACUUUUUCCUUCGCUGGGAGCCAAGAGAGAGCAGGCGGAGUUAAGAAGCGUUUCUGGAGGAUUUUUUUUCCUUCUUGUUGUUUUCGAAUCAAAGGGGAAUAUUUUGGUCCAAGUGUUUCCACCGACAUGGAGUACACGUCAUCCCCGAAACCGCAGCUCUCAUCCCGGGCAAAUGCUUUCUCCAUAGCCGCCCUGAUGUCCAGCGGGAAGCCCAGUAAGGACAAGGAGGCGGAGGAGAACACCAUCAAGCCUCUCGAGCAGUUCGUGGAGAAGUCUUCCUGCAACCAGCAGUCUCUGGCUGAUCUGUCCUCUCUGGACGGACACGGGGACUUCAGCGGGAGCGCGCCUGCGGUGUGCACGGAGCCGCUCAUCCCCACCAAUCCCGGCAUCCCCAGCGAGGAGAUGGCCAAGAUCUCCUGCAGCCUGGAGACCAAAGAGCUGUGGGACAAAUUCCACGAGCUGGGCACCGAGAUGAUCAUCACCAAGUCCGGAAGGAGGAUGUUUCCGACCAUCCGGGUCUCUUUCUCCGGGGUGGACCAGGACUCCAAGUACAUCGUGUUGAUGGACAUCGUCCCGGUGGACAACAAGCGGUACCGGUACGCCUACCACCGCUCCUCCUGGCUGGUAGCCGGCAAGGCGGACCCCCCUCUGCCCGCCAGGUUGUACGUGCACCCGGACUCUCCGUUCACCGGCGAGCAGCUCAUGAAGCAAAUGGUUUCCUUCGAGAAAGUCAAGCUGACAAACAACGAACUGGACCAACACGGACAUAUCAUCCUAAACUCCAUGCACAAGUACCAGCCACGAGUCCACAUUAUUAAGAAGAAGGACCACACCGCCUCGCUGCUUAAUCUCAAAUCUGAGGAGUUCCGCACCUUUGUCUUCGUUGAGACCGUCUUCACCGCCGUCACAGCCUAUCAAAACCAGCUGAUAACCAAGCUGAAGAUUGACAGCAACCCGUUCGCCAAAGGUUUCCGGGACUCCUCGCGGCUGACAGACAUGGAGAGGGAAAGUGUUGAGAAUCUGAUCCACAAGCACUCGUACGCCCGGUCGCCGAUCCGAACCUACGCUGGAGACGAGGAGAACCUGAGCGAGGACGGACACUCCACACACACCAGAGGUUCAGCAUUCACUGCCUCAGACAACCUCUCCCUGAGCUCCUGGGUCACCACCACCUCUGGCUUCUCGGGCUUCCAGCACCCACAGUCCCUGUCGGCCAUGGGCACCGGCACCGCCUCCCUGCCUCACCCCAUCCAGGGCUCCCUGCCCCCAUACAGCAGGCUGGGCAUGCCGCUGACGCCCACCGCUCUGGCUGGAACCAUGCAAGGCAGCGGUCCAUCCUUCCCCUCCUUCCACAUGCCCCGCUACCACCACUACUUCCAGCAGGGGCCCUACGCCGCCAUCCAGGGACUCCGCCACUCCUCCACGGUCAUGACACCUUUCGUAUGACUCAGUCCUUCUGUAGGAGACAGCUGAACCUCAUCCUGACGCUCACCCACCGUAUUUCUCCACUCCGGCUCAUCACUCCUCAUCCAGUUUGUAUCUUACCCCCUGGUCUUUGUAAAUAGCUCACCUGCAAUGAGUGAGGUGAUGAUAAUGACAUGAAGAGGAUGUGGUGUACUGACAGCCAAUCAAAGGCGGACUGUAGUGCCCUCCUUAGGACCUGUGGAAACACCAGCAGAUCCUGUGGUUUCUAUGAACACUUCAGAGACAUUGUACAAACACUUACGACCUCAGUACAAACUAUAAAACCUAAAGCAAGACGAUAGCAGGAGCAUGUUUGAUCCUGGCCUUUGAAGAACAGAAAGUGGAUCCUCAACUCAUUUGAACAAUAAGCAGAAGACCCUGUCUCCCUUUUAACUUUUAACAGUUGUAACAAGGUCUCUACGAAGGCUUUAAAGAUGGCAGGCUGCUGUGUGAUUCUUCAAAAUGAAACUCAUCUGAUGCUGCAGUGCGUCAGACACCAAACAUUUCAACGUAUCGGACAGGAGGAGCAGCCAUCUCGGCUUUCUGCUGUUUUUGAGAAGAGCCAGCCAUAUGUACAUUUCAAACUUACAACUCCACACUGUUGAAAAUAUUGCCAAAAGCGCACGUUAAAGUGAACUGUACAAAGACAAACGUGCUACAUUUACUCAUAAGAAAAUUCUCACUGUAUAGUGCCAAAAAAAAAAAAGAAAAAAAUCAUAGGACGCAUGCUGACCGCAGUAGACAAACACUGGGUAAACUUUAUAUUGGAGAAUAUGGAAUGAAUGAACUUGCCUGCGAAAGGGUGAAGGAUUUUUGCUUUGUUUAAAGGCCCGGGCACACCAGAUAUUAAAUCAAUUAAUUUUAUUGUAAGCAGUGGCUUCACACGUGGGGGGUGAAGUGUUGGACUGCUGCUUUUGAGUUGUCCAGAUGGCAAGCCACAGUGUUACACGCCAAAAAAACAAAACGUCAUUGAGAAGCAAGCAGCAGUAAAUGCAAAGAAAUGUAAAGAGUUAUGGUGACAAACUGGCACUAGCAUGCUUGUUAUCAUUUUAGAGGAUAGUUUACACUCUACAGUAGUUUACCAGUGAGUUCUGCUUGACCAUUUCUGGUGUAAUUCUUGACACAAAGAAGCCACACACUGAGUUUGGUCAGAUAUGUGUAGGUAAGAAAGCAGCUUCAGGAAUAAAUACCUCAAAACACAUAAUUUAAAACAAGCCCUAUUUGCCAUUUUCACAAAGACAGAUGGAUGAAUUUUGUUGUGUCACUGUCUGGUGUGCCCGGGCCUUAACUACUAAGAGAAGUUCAAAAGCAUCUGUUUUAAAAUAGCCAUAUUUUCAUUCAUUACUUUGAUUUCCUUAAGUGAAACACUGACCCCAAACAGGCUGAAUUCAAACAUGUUCAUUGUAAUCUGUUUUAUAUCAGAUUUUACAGAAACAGUAACGGUGUGAGUUCACAUUUUUCAUUGUACAGAGCUGAAAAUUCAGCUCCGUGCAACCUCUUAAGCAUUCGAUCUUCAGCAGGUGUUAUCCAGCUGAUUCAUGGCUGCAUCAGAGCGUGCCGACAGGUCGUCCACACCUGGAAAUAAUGGCUCUCUGCAGCGUCACUUAAAGCACGCAGAGCUGGAGGCUGCCAGAGUCAACAAACACGGAGCUGUUUGCUUAAAUUGUAUCUCUGUCAGAGCAUGUGUCAAUUACCAACAAAUGUCAGCUCAUAAAAAUGACAAAAUAUUCACAAUUGUUCCCUGUAAAAUGUUAGAAAUUAGUGAGAAAUAAAAAGCACAGAAUGUAACAUAUUCAAAAUCCAAAAUAUGAGUUUAUGACAAAAAGAAGCAUGAAAUCACAUUAGAGAAGUUACAACCAGUGAGCAUUUGGAAUGUUUUGAUUGAUUACAAAAGCAUCAACUGGCUAAUUUUAGUUUAUUAAAUUUUAAUCACUUCAGCUAAGAAUUUCUCUGAAAAAACACGACUUAAGGGACCCCUAUAAAAAAUGUUUUUGUCUGUAAAAACCUUAAACAUCCAGUUUUAGGCACUUUGUACCAAAAACAUGAAAACUUUCCCUUAACAAUUAGAUUAUAUAUAUUAUGAUGCAGAAUCAUUUUUACUGCUAAAGUUGAAUCUUAUUGGAAAGAAGCAGAAAUAAUGAAAUUAUCUCACUGUACUCACUGAAAUAGGAAACAUCCAUCCAUUCUCUAUACACUGCUUUAUCCUCACUAGUCGCAGGGGGUGCUGGAGCCUUGAAAUAGGAAACAGUAUUUGACAAAAUGUCUCUUUUUUUGCAGCGAAGAGUCACAUCAUGCACAAAAUCAGCAUUUCUCUGCUUCUUCAUAAAAACACAUUGAAAUGCAUCAAAGGGCCGUUAGCUUCAUCAAAAGUCUCACUUUUAACGCCGUUUUGUCGCCGCAUGAUGAUCAAUGCAGAGAAGUGUGUGAAAAAAAUAUUCAUACGUGUAUUUAAGAGCAACAUGAGCUGGUUAACCAAAACACUGUAAAUGUCCUCCUUUGACAUAUUCCACAUUUUGACAUCACGUUAAGCCUGGUACAGGAGAACGUGGACAUAAGGGUUGCAAGCAGAUGAUUUUAUCUCAUCCGUUUGGUGAGCAGGACAAAGCAUUCCUUUGUUUUAGAAAUAAAUCUGGGUCUUUUUCUGAUGUACAGCCUGAGCUGAGUGUUGAUUCCCAUCAGUGUAAAGGUUCAAACACCUCUGAGUCUCGACUUACCACUGAAAAUGAUCUCUUUUUAAAAACGUUUUGUUCCCUUUUGUAUGCCAUGAUCUGAAUACCACACCCAACGAUUGUGUUUUAAUGAUUUUUAAGUGCAAUAUAUUUAUUUUGCUCUCUGGAAAUAAUGUGUAAUGUACUACGCUGCAUUUAAAAAAGUAGUUAUUUGUAAACCAUGAGAAAUAUAUAUAUAUCGCCA